AUUCGCGUAACCUCUCUCCUCUCCUCUCUCUCUCUCUCGUCUUCCUCGACGGUUCUCGCUUACUGAACGGUCGAUUCGUCAAAAUGGCCGAGAACAGCGGCUCGCCGGGUUCGGCCGCUAACCAGGCUCAGGACAGCCAGGAACAACAAUAUCUGUCGAGCUUCAUCUCCGAGAUCGUCAGGAGCCCGCUGAACCUCGCGCUCGUGGCCGUGAUCGCUGUUCUGGUCUACAAGAUCGUCAAGAACAAAACUAGGACCGAGGAGCCCGUGCCGGAGGUGAAGAAGUUGCCGAAGCUGCGACGUGAUUUCACGAUCGAAGAACUGACCACAUACGACGGUAAAGGUCCCGACGGCCGGAUACUGGUCGCCGUGAACGGCAACGUCUACGACGUCACCAGAGGCUCCAAAUUCUACGGCCCUGGUGGACCAUAUGAAGCCUUUGGUGGUCGAGAUGCUAGUAGGGCGCUUGCAAGGUUCGCAGUGGACGCAGCGACAGAUAAAUAUGACGAUUUGAGUGACUUGAACACUGCAGAAAUGAAUUCGGUCAACGAAUGGGAGGAACAGUUUAAGGAGAGAUACGACCAUGUCGGAAAGUUGUUGAAGCCGGGCGAGGCACCCACAAAUUACUCAGACGAGGAGGAUGAGGGCAGCCAGCAGGAGACAGAAACGAAAUCGGAGAAUUACGAAGCUGAGGCAAAGACGGAUCGUAGUGAGACUGAGGGAAAAACCAAGAGCGAUUGACCACGUGAUCGUACAUCAGAGGCGCAACCGUUUUGGAAGCACACCACGCACACACUGUUGUUACGGAAAUUUUUGAAAUUGUCGCUCAUGAGUAUAUUCCUGGAAGCGUUCGGCCGACUAUUUUAUUACUUCAUAACGAUGAUCAAAUGAGAGGCGAAAUACUGGCUUUUAAUCAAGUUUGAAGUAUAUAAAGAGCAUUCAAAGGGGUGGGUGAUUAAAAUACGUAAAAGGACUUUAUUUGAAUGUCCGACUUCCAAUCAGAACGGACACUCACGUC